GUUCGCUCUCUUUCAUUUGCUUCUCCAAUCAUCGCACCUUUACUUGUUGUGCGACGAGGGCAGGAGCCAGAAGGGGAAGGUGCUCUUCUCCAGCGCCGCUGAUCAAUGAUGGUGGCCGCAAGGAAGCGAGAAGAGUCGUGAUUUUGCUCGGUCGAAAGUGGACGCAGUGAUCUCGCGGUGGGGUUUCUGGUUUCAGCUUCGCGGAAGUCUGCUGCGCGUCUAGUUUGGUGGAGCUCAAGGCGUUCCUUGUCCGAUUCUGAGUUCUCUCCCUGGGGAAAUACAAUGGAGGAAAAUUGGGAGAAUUUGGAUCCAAUCCAUUCCUCAUAUUUUACUUCAGUGGAGACUCUAAAGAAGGCAAAAAAUGUCUGGGAAAUUCCAUCUAGCUACAGAGGACUUUAUGGUUCUAGUGAUGUUAGUCUCUUCUCAAGUUCACUGCCAGUUAUUCGUCAUGACAAAUUAAAUGUUUCAGAUGCACUUGGCCAUGAUCAAGUAAUUGUUGAUGCAUCCAACGAGUUAAAAAUUCCUAGCAAAGAUGUAGAAGAAGGUAAGGUUGCUGUAGAUGAUCUUGACGUUCAAGGAAGUGGGGUCUUCUUACCUAAUGAUGAAGAAACACUUUUGUCUGGUUUUAUGGAUGAUCUCGACCUGAGUGGGUUGCCUAGUCAAAUAGAUGAGUUGGAAGACUAUGAUCUUUUUGGCAGUUUAGGAGGUUUGGAAUUGGAUUCUGAUCCUAUGGAGAAUACUAAAGUUGGUGCAGCAAAGGCAAGCAUCUCUGAUGGUUUUCUAGGUAAUGGGAUUAAUCAGUAUAGUAUUCCCAAUGGCGUUGGGACUAUUUCUGGUGAGCACCCAUAUGGUGAACAUCCUUCAAGGACUUUAUUUGUGAGGAACAUUAACAGUAAUGUGGAAGACUCUGAACUUCGAGCACUCUUUGAGCAAUUUGGGGAUAUUCGAAAUCUUUAUACUGCAUGCAAACAUAGGGGGUUUGUCAUGAUAUCUUACUAUGACAUACGAGCUGCUAGAACUGCCAUGCGCGCGUUACAAAACAAGCCAUUAAGACGUAGAAAGCUUGAUAUUCAUUUCUCUAUUCCAAAGGAUAAUCCAUCCGACAAAGAUAUGAACCAAGGUACACUUGUGAUAUUUAAUUUGGAUUCUUCAGUUUCUAAUGAUGAACUCAGGCAAAUAUUUGGAGCAUACGGAGAAGUUAAAGAGAUUAGGGAAACUCCUCACAAGAGGCACCACAAAUUUAUUGAAUUCUAUGAUGUCAGAGCAGCCGAAAAUGCCCUCCGGUCAUUGAAUAAGUGUGAUAUAGCUGGCAAAAGAAUAAAGCUAGAACCUAGCCGCCCUGGUGGAGCUCGUAGGAACAUGAUACAGCAAUUGACUAAUGAAUUGGAACAAGAUGAAUCUAGAGUUUUUCGGCAUCAUGGAGGCUCCCCAAUUGGGAAUUCACCUCCAGGUCCAUGGACACAAUUUGGUAGCCCAAAUGAUAAGAAUUCCUUAUUUCUCAGUAGGUCUCCUAAUGGGGGACCAAUAAGCCCUAUUGGGAGUAACCAUUUACCUGGAUUAAGUUCUGCAUUUCCUUCAAUGAUGUCAAAUUCUGUUAAGAUUGCACCAAUUGGCAAGGACCAGAAUAGGAGCAGUCAUGCCGACCAAGUAAUCUCUAGUAGCAGUGCUUUACAUGGAAGUGGAUAUCAUCUUUCUCAUUCGUUUCCUGAUCAUAGUCAGGGAGUAGUAAUCCCCUCUCCAGGAAACUCUGCUUCUCUCAGUUCAAUUCCAAACGCAUCUGAUGUUGGAACUCUAAGUGGCCCACAGUUCCUAUGGGGUAAUUCGACUGCAUACACGGAGAAUAUGCAGUCUUCUUGGCAACCUCGUGGUACUGGAGGUUCGAUGAUGUCGAAUGGGCAAGGGCAAGGGCAAGGGCACGGGCAAAACUUCCUCUAUUCAAAUUCUCAUGGCUCCUUCCUUGGUUCAUCGCUUGGCCAACAUCUCCAUCAUGUCGGAUCAGCUCCAUCUGUUGUUCCUUUCGAAAGACAGUAUGGAUAUGUCUCUGAGUCUCCAGAGACAUCCUUCAUGGGUCAGUUUGGGUAUAGAAACAAUUUGAUUAAGCAUAAUGGUGGGACUUCACUUAUGGGUAUGAAUCCUCAAGCCAUGAUGAAUCAAGGUAUCAUAUCUGGAAACAUAGUAGAACCAAAUGUGAGAAUGAUGCCUGCUCAGAGAUUCGGGCCUAUGGUUUUCAGUAAUGCUUCAUUUUCUGGAUUAAAUUCCAUGGGCAUUGAUGGUCUAGUUGAUAGGAGCCGCAGUCGUCGAGUUGACAAUCAAGGGAGCCUGGCAGAUAACAAGAAGCUGUAUCAGCUUGAUUUGGAAAAGAUUAUCAUGGGGGAAGACACUCGAACAACAAUAAUGAUAAAAAACAUUCCAAACAAGUACACCUCAAAGAUGCUUUUAGCUGCAAUUGAUGAAACUCAUAAAGGCACUUAUGACUUUCUAUACUUGCCAAUUGAUUUUAAGAAUAAAUGCAAUGUGGGUUAUGCAUUUAUAAACAUGGUGUCCCCUGCACCCAUUGUCUCCUUUUAUGAGGCAUUCAACGGAAAGAGGUGGGAGAAGUUUAAUAGCGAGAAAGUUGCUUCUCUGGCUUAUGCUAGAAUCCAGGGUAGACCAGCCCUUGUUGCUCACUUCCAGAACUCGAGCUUGAUGAAUGAAGAUAAGAGAUGCCGGCCCAUUCUUUUUGAUUCUGAGGGAGCUGAGGCUGGUGAUCAGGAACUCUUUAUCAUGCACAUACAAGACGGGACCAUUCCAACACAGGACUCUGGAAGUCUACCACCAGGUAGCAGUUCAAACGAGAAGUUAGAGAGAAGCGCUUUACCUAUUAGCAUUCCUGGUUCAGAAAGCUAGCACUCUUCACCUUAACCAUGUAUCUAUGAGUACUAACAUAUCCAUCCGUAUUUAAUUGUAAAUUCCUCCGAGGCCGAAAGCUGCCAAUGCAAUUUGCAUCAAAUGGUGUGACACUUUUGAAGCCACAUCCAUCAUCUUCCUAUCAAGUGAAACAGAGGGACUGCAUCCCCUGUACAUAUACUAGUUGUUAAUGUGGUGUAAAGAAAUAAUGAUGAACUGUACAUGCAAGUUGAAGGCAAUCUAGGGCAUGCCAUUGAUCCUUUUCCCUCCCAACCUUUUGUGAGACUCCAAUUUAUGUGGUUUCAAGGUAAAAUGUAAGGGGAAGGGAUAUGCUCUUAAAGUACUAAACAAACUGUACAGUAUGGACUUGAAUUUAUUGAACUUCCAAUGUACUUUUGUAUGUUAUGUGGAUGGAAGAUGUGCGCAA